ACCCUCACGAACGCCCAUUUGUUCCAGUUUCGUUUUGAGAUUCGUCUUUAGAGUCGGGCGUGUUUGUGAAACGCAUUCCGAGUGAAAAUACAGAAGAAAGGUGUAAAAAGCUGUGCUUUGUCUUAAGAUGUUUCUUCUAAGAUACUCGACGGCCGUCAUCUGUGCCGUGUUCAUCGCCACAGGAGCUGUUUCAGGUGAAGAUCAGACAAAAGCAGUGGGUGACACAGUCUUUUCGUCCAAUCAACAUAAAUCCUCCGGUCACCAGCAUUAUGUGGAAACAGAGAAGCAGCAGUGUAUAUGUUAUCAAGGCGAUUGAAUGGGAUGAUGAUGGUUUUAACAUCCCGAAUCCGAGAUUCAAAGGCAUCACAACUCUUGAUGAGAAAACUGGACAAAUCACUAUAACUAAUUUAACUGUUGAACAUAGUGGAGUUUAUACCAUUGACAUCAACAGUAAAGAGCAGGAACAAAGAUUCAGCUUGAAAGUUAUAGAGCGGGUCCCCAAACCUGUGAUAAAAACAGAGAAGAUCGAAAGUAACCCUGAUGUUGUUUAUUUAAGAUGCGACUACAGUGAAACAAUCAUCUGGAAGAAUUCUGCUGGAGAAACACUGAUCGGCUCACAGCUGGAUCAGAAAGAAGAGUCCAUCGCAGUUAAAUUCACAGGAAAUCCAGAAAACUUCUACACAUGCACACUAGAUAACGGCGCAAGUACCGAGACCAGUGAUCCGGUCUAUGAGAGAGAUCUGUUUAAAGAGAUGAAAGCAGUGGGUGAUACAGUGUCUUUUCGUCCAACCAACAUAAAUCCUCCGGUCACCAGCAUUAUAUGGAAACACAGAAGCAGCAGUGGAAUUGUUGUCAAGGCGACUGAAUGGGAUGAUGAUGGUUUUAACAUCCCGAAUCCAAGAUUCAGAGGCAUUACAACUCUUGAUGAGAAAACUGGACAAAUCACUAUAACUAAUUUAACUGUUGAACAUAGUGGAGUUUACAUUAUUGACAUCAACACUAAAGAGCAGGGACAAAGAUUCAGCUUGAAAGUUAUGGAGCGGGUCCCCAAACCUGUGAUAAAAAUAGAGAAGAUCAAAAGUAAACCUGAUGUUGUUCAUUUAAGAUGCGACUACAGUGACAAAAUCAUCUGGAAGAAUUCUGCUGGAGAAACACUGAUCGGCUCACAGCUGGAUCAGAAAGGAGAGUCCAUUGCAGUUAAAUUCACAGGAAAUCCAGAAAACUUCUACACAUGCACACUAGAUAACGGCGCAAGUACCGAGACCAGUGAUCCGGUCUAUGAGAGAGAUCUGUUUAAAGAGAUGAAAGCAGUGGGAGAUACAGUGUCUUUUCAUCCAACCAACAUAAAUCCUCCGGUCACCAGCAUUGUAUGGAAACACAGAAGCACCAGUGGAAUUGUUGUCAAGGCGAUUGAAUGGGAUGAGGAUGGUUUUAACAUCCCAAAUCCAAGAUUCAGAGGCAUCACAACUCUUGAUGAGAAAACUGGACAAAUCACUAUAACUAAUUUAGCUGUCGAACAUAGUGGAGUUUACAUUAUUGACAUCAACACUAAAGAGCAGGGACAAUUCAAAAUGACUGUUAUGGAGCGGGUCCCCAAACUUGAGUGACCAAUAUUAAUGGUCAAAAACAGCACGUCAUGACCAUUACAUGAGGAAAAUCAUGAGAAGAGACUUCUUUGAGUGGGUUCCCCCACCCAGGACGAGGGCCAGACUCCAUCUAGGCCUUUUGGUCCUCACAGAGCACGUCCUCACAUUCUUUUAAGUAGAUGCACCAAAAUUAUCUCAGAAUGACUUAUAAACAAAUAUCCGUCUAUUGCAUAACUCCAUAUCAUGUAUGUAACCCACACAUUUGUCUAUCAUGUUAUAAUCUCUCAUUGUGUAUAUCAUUUUGAAUAACUAUUGAAUAGUUUAUAGGUCUAUAGUCGUAUUUACUAUGUUUGUUUGAAUAUUCAUACAGAGCAAAACCACCAGUGUUAAUUAAACUUUGUGAGAGUUCAUUUCAACACUAUCCUGGUGUUUACGUAUAUAAUUCUCACUGCCCAGUGUUAAAUUAACAGUAUUAAAAGUGCUUACAAAUUAACGCUGCCUCAGAGUUCAACAUUUAACC